GGCGUGGUCCCCUUCCUGGGGGAUUUUCUGACUGAGUUACAAAGGUUGCAUUCGGCCAUCCCGGACGAUCUGGAUGGCAACACCAACAAGAGGAAGAAGGAGGUCCGUGUUCUGCAGGAAAUGCAGCUGCUCCAAGUGGCUGCCAUGAAUUACAGGCUUCGGCCUCUGGAGAAAUUUGUCACCUGUUUUUCAAGAAUGGAGCAGCUCAGUGACAAGGAGAG